UGUGAAGCACUUGACAGCUCGAGCUUCCCCUGGCAUGUAAACAAAUAUGACAGGCAGCCACUGACAAAGUAUUCAAAUUCUUGUCAAAAUAAUCGAAUCGCCGGAACCACUGCUGCUCACACUGGCACAUCAGGCAGCCUGACAGAGGGGCAUAAAUUCAACAUUUUGUCCUGACUCAAUGCAAGGAGGAAGAUGAGAGUCACAGGCCUGAUUCCUGCACAUUUCUUAACUCUAACAUCACAUCUAGUCAUUCUCAUAACAGUAUUGUUAGCAAGGGAGGAAAAUGUUAAAGCUUGUCUACCACACAAUUAUAGUGCAGCAGAGUAUAGAAGAAGAGAAGGAGAAUUUCUUGGUGGUUUGAUUGCUGGUGUUGGACUGACAGCAAUUGAGAUCAUAGGAUUUAUGACAGGCAUAUCAAUGUUCACAGGUCUUGCAUCCCUUAUAUCUAUUGCCUGCCAUUGUGGAGCUUCAGUCAGCUUGGCAUAUAUGGUGGUGGAUUCUUGGGACUGCAGGCUUUACUGGUGGAUAUUUGGGCUUACCUCUGUCAUUCCUGCAUUGAUUGAAGUGGGUGUCAUGAUAAGUGUACUGAUGCUGAAGAAAAAUGUUUAAUUUACACUAGUGUUUGUUUUACUGUGGAUAAUGCUGAGUGGUCUGGAAGUAUGUAUUGUAUUUACACUUAAUGUCUAGUCUUUCCUUUACUGCAGAUAAUGCUUAGUGAUUUGAAAGUAUAUACUGUGGAUAAUGUUGAGUGGUAUAUUUUCAUUAAGUUUCAUGUUUAGUCAGCUAAUUAAUAUGAAUAUUCAUUGCAUUUAUCAUUUCUGGUUUUAUCUCUAUAUUUAUAUGAUGCAUGAGGAAAAUCAAGUGAAAAACAAAUAUUUUUUAUAUUUUGUAUACUUUUUUUACUGUGUCUGCAAGAGUAAGUUAUUGCAUAUGCUGAAAGAUGUAUGCAUGGAUGACAUUAAUAAUCAUAUAUCAUGUAAGAUAAAUGA